UUUAUUAACAAAAUCUCUGCUUCUUUUUUCCAUCUCUAACAAGGAACAAAAACCGAUCCAAAACAACCUCAAAAUCAAAGCUCAAGCCACCGUAAAACACCAAAAAAAAAAUCCAAACAUGGAUCAACAAGAGCACGAAGAACAACCACCAACAUCUCCGACAUCAUCAUCAUCAUCGUACACCUUGUUCUUAAAAAUCAUGAGCAAAAGAAAAACAUGGGUAUUCCUCUUCGUAUUAGUUUACGCUAUCCUUUUAGAUUCUUCAUGGAAUUUCCUCAAAUCCAUACUUUCUUGGUACCACCAAAACCAAGCCCGGUAUCAAUCACCCGGUUGGCCUGCCCUGUACGCUUCCGUCCUUCUCGGUGGGGUUUUUGGGUUGAUUUCUAUGGCUGCGGCGGUGGCUGUGGCGGUGCCGGCUACUAUGGUGACGUGGAUAACGGUGGUUGUUUUGCUUGCUUUCUUUGGGAAACCAAAACGGACGUUGGUGGCUGAAGGGAAGAAGAUUACUAGAGAGAUCGCCGGCUCCGUUUUGAAGACUUUGUUGACGGAAGGGAACGUCGUGGCUCUUGUUUGUGCCGUUUUGGGUUACUAUGUACUUGUGAGUAACAACAAUGGUGAAUGAUUUAAUUCUUUUUGGUUUAAUAUAUUGUUUGUUAUCUAAGUUUGGUUUAGUAUUCAAUUUAGUA